AUGGUCGCCCUUCACGCGGACAAACCAAAGCAGUCAGCCGAGCAGCGUGGCAGUGGUCUCCUCUUCGACUCCCGCAUCCUAAUCGACACGCCGGGCUGCAUAGUGCGGCUGAAUCGACACCUGUUCUCGGACUUCGCUCCAUCGACGCACAGCUCCCUCCCGGUAUGCGUUGGCCGCGAGCCACCCGUGAGCUUUAACCUCGACCGGGCAUUCUUGGACUACGCCAGGCUAGACAACACGUAUGGAAUCCACUCGUUCCGCGACGUGUCCUGCCACUAUGCCGGACUGGUCACCGACUCCAACGCGUCCGCGUCCGACCACCGGCGGCGGCCGUUCGAAAAAGAUUGGUACAAUAUAACAACUGGCAUGAAGCUCGAGGCAGAGUACUUUAAGCUUCGUUGCCUUCAUAAACUCGACCUUAUCUACAGCGGCCUGCACCUUAUAGCCAGGAGGCGUUAUCGGCCGACCGCUGCGAAGGUGGCCGUCAAGCCCAGUGUCCUCGUAGUCUCCAUCGGCGACUCAUCGCGGAACAACUUCGAGCGAAACUUCAGGGACACCGCCAGUUUCCUCAGACACUCUCUCAACGCACACGAACUGUUUGGCUACAGCGCCGUAGGCACUGGCUCUUUUUCGAGCGCCGCGGCGUUGCUGGGCGGAAUGACGGCGGGUGAGGCGUGGUCCCGUUCUUCCGGAAGUUCUUACGACGCCCUGCCCCUUCUCUGGAACGACUACAAGAAGCGGGGACACUGGACGGUCUACAUCGAGGAAACGCCUUCUGAAGGUGCGUUUGUCGACCCCGUCGAUCGUGGUUUUCUCCGCAAGCCCACCGAUUACUACCCUGUAGCCAUGGCCUCGCAGAUGAGCCUGCCUGAUGAAGCGGCUCGGUCUCUCGUGCCCGAGGUGGGUAUCUCCAAUGAGCAGCCAUCGAUAUGUUCAGGCUACAGGCUACGUAGCAAGGCUCUGCUCGAUUACGCCUCGGAACUGAUAAGAGCGGGCGAUCGGUAUCCUUUCUUCGCUUUCAUCAAUCUGAAGGACUCCUCGCGAGGCGGCGCAAAGGCUCGCGCCCUGGACAGGCCGCUGAAGACGUUCCUCGCGAACCUGGAACGCCAAGGCGCGUUCGCCGAAACGACGCUGAUCCUGCUCAGCGACAUUGGCAAGAGCCACUGGGACACGGGGAUCACCCGCGAUGGCAGCGACAUGCCGUUCUGCUUCGUCAAGCUGCCGCCAUUCUUGAUCGAAAGGUUUGUCAGCGCUCCGUAA